UUUAACCUAAUUUUUUCUCUUCUCUUCCUGAAUCGCCGCCGAAGAAGAACAACACCAAUCUGCAUCACCAUUCACUAAACCUACCUCACUCUAAAACUAUUAUCAUUCAUUCAACAACACCUCUCUCCUCUCCUUUUUCUCUUCUCUGUUUGUUCGGAUCCAACUCGAGGAAAGAAACAAAUUGGGGGUUAGGGUUUGCACUUUUCAGAAAAUUUUCAAAAUCGAAUUUCCAUCGCAAUGGCUUCCACAAAGAAAAUCACUCUCAAGAGUUCUGAUGGUGAGUCAUUUGAGGUUGACAAAGUUGUGGCUUUGGAAUUCUCAAUUCUAAUUUUUUUCCUUUUCGAAUUUUUCAAUCCGCUGUAACGGAAUGGUCCAGCGACCUCAUCGCCUUCAUCUCAGAAUGGAGGAUAUAUUGGCGAGGGCGAAGUACGCGGUGGUGGAGAAUGAGGAUUACGGUAGCCUCAUGUGUGAGCAAUGUGGCACCGGGGAGCAGCCGGAGGAGUUGCUGUUGUGCGACAAAUGUGACAAAGGAUUCCAUAUGAAAUGUGUGAGGCCGAUUGUUGUGAGGAUUCCAAUUGGUUCUUGGAUUUGCCCUAAGUGUUCAGGGGUGAAGAAAGUGAAAAAGUUCACGCAAAGGAGAAUACUUGAUUUCUUCGGGCUUCCAAGGAAUUUGCCUGAUUUCAGAAGGAAUAAUUCUUCUUCUUGGGGUUUAUUGGUGGCAUGAAAAAUACAGACCAAGGAAGCCGAAGUAUUUCAACCGUGUUCACUGCAAAAGUGAAAAACGAAGACCGACGCUGCGAGUUGAUGCCAUUGAUCACGGUUCGUUGAGAUGGAGAGGAGCUGAUAUUUUGGUUUUCAACACAGCUCAUUGGUGGUCUCAUUACAAAACCAAAGCUGGUAAUUCUGGGUCUCAUUGUUGCUACAGUCGAGCCCGUUAUUGCUGCUACUGUAAUUCUGGGUGAGCCAAUGGACAUCAUGCAGUUAUCUUUCUGUAUAAAUCCCUAAUUUGCAGGUAAUCAACUUUUAUGACUGAUUCUAUCGAUAAGAGUUAGAACUCUUACUCAACCGAUUAUAUCGAUAUUGUUAUGUUGGACACUCUCCGAUGUAAUGUGAUACUUUAAUUCAAUUUUUUGUGGUAUGAAUAGAAUGACAAAGUCCAUAUCAUCCAUUAGGUUGGCGAAAUACGGAAAGGUUAGUUAUCUAAUUUCCAGAUAUAAAGCAAAGUAUGCAAUCUUUAUAAACUCUUUGCUUUACUCCUUAUUGCUCUCUAGAU